CAGUUCGCCAUGUCUCUGACGAGAUUGACCACCGGUAAGUACAUCACCGGUUCAACAUACACGGUGGUGCGUCCAGUGCUACCGCCGAUGAGGGUUGGCACAUCGAUCCGACCCUUUUCAUCAUCUUCUCUCAAGCACAUCCGGUUAUUCCUUCCGUCAACCGAAACAGAAAACAUUAGAAAGACACCUCCCGCGUGGCCGCAUCCAAUAUACACCGAUGAGCAGCUGAAACAAAUCGGCAUUUCCCAUAGGGAGACAAGGAAUUUUGGCGAUAAGGUUGCUCUCAGUGCAAUCCGCACACUCCGUUGGGGGUUCGACCUUGUCUCUGGCUACCGACAUGAUGACGCUGUCGCCGCCCAUGCGAAGGAUCCUGCAAUGGCCAAGCAAAAAUACUCAAUGACAGAAGAAAAAUAUCUGAUUCGUAAUAUUUUUCUUGAGAGUAUUGCCGGAGUACCAGGUAUGGUUGGUGGCAUGCUAAGGCAUCUUCGAAGCCUUCGGAGAAUGAGGAGAGACAAUGGCUGGAUAGAAACGCUCCUAGAGGAGUCCUACAAUGAGCGGAUGCAUCUACUUACAUUCCUCCAAAUGGCGGAGCCGGGUUUUUUCCUACAUCUCUGUGUUCUAGGCGCCCAGGGAGUCUUUUUCAACGCCUUCCUCAUGGCCUACCUUGUCAACCCGCGCAUCUGCCACCGCUUUGUUGGCUAUCUCGAAGAAGAAGCAAUCAUCACAUACACAAGGGAAAUUUCCGACAUAGACGCUGGUAAACUACCGAAAUGGGAGAAGAUGCAAGCACCCAAUAUUGCAGUCCAAUACUGGAACAUGCCUGAAGGAUACCGCAGCGUGAAGGACCUGUUACUCUAUAUCAGGGCCGAUGAGGCGAAACAUCGCGAGGUGAAUCAUACCUUUGCUAACUUGAAUUGGAAGGAGGAUCCAAACCCUUAUGUUAGUCAGUAUAAGGAUGAAGGCAAGCCUCGUCCCAGCAAGGCCAUGGAUGGCAAGAGGCAGAAUGGUUGGGAAAGACAGGAUGUGAUCUAAGCAGCCUGCAUUAUGACUUUGUCUCUCUAUGGCGCGCCAAAAUUCACGCCCGGGUUUCCACUAAGACCCUCGACUUUACUCGCUACCUACAAAUAGCACUGGGCCUGUUCCUUUUUGUCAAUCAGAUAUGGUCCAUGUAUUUAUUAUGUGCUGACUGUAGUGGGCUGGUGAUCUAAGAUACCGUCUUAUCCAUGGAAGAUACAAACACCUAGCCAGGUAGAGAAGAUGCAGGGGUGGGCUCUUUACUUCCAAUGUACGAAAAAGAAAAGAUUCCUAUGAAUGGUACCUCGAG